AUGGUAUCAGGUGGAGAUUUCCGCCUGGUCACAAAAGCAUGUGACUGCAGUAAAUCCAAGUGGAUACACGACUUCAUGCAAUCGUAUACAAACUUGACACUUAAAAAGUGCCCCUAUCCUCCUGGAAGAUACGCGUAUUACAACAUAGAAUUACCUCCAAAGAAUAUUCCCCUACCAAUAGUUAAAGGUGACUACUGGAUCAAGUUUGAGUUCAUCGUGACUGAUACGAAGGAGUCUAUUGUAGAAGUCGACUCAUUACUGCAUUAUGAUCCGACAGCUAAUGCCAAGAGAUCGAAGGGAAAGAAGGGUUAA